AUGAAGAUGAUUCCUCUGCUUCUCUUUUGCUGUCUCUCUGCGCUGGCAAAGCCUUCUAAUUAUUCUGAUCAACAAGCUCUCAUGGCUUUCAAAUCUGCAAUCUCUCUCGAUCCAUUUAAUUCCUUGUCAGAUUGGUCUCCAAACCACACCAUCUGCAAUUGGAGUGGUGUUACCUGCUCUUCUCGUCGACAGUGUGUGGUUUCCUUGAAUCUCACAGAUAUGGGAUUAGCUGGCCCAAUCUCUCCCUUUCUGGGAAAUCUUUCCUUCCUUAGAGUACUUGAUCUCUAUAAUAAUAGCUUGGGUGGCCAUAUUCCAUAUCAGCUUGGAAGGCUAUUUCGCUUGACCUGGCUUCGACUGUCUUAUAACAAUUUGGAAGGUCCCAUUCCAUCUUCUCUAGGAAGCUGUCAUUCUCUACAAUCUCUCAUACUGCCGUAUAACAAUUUAAGUGGAAGCAUUCCCUCUGAAAUUAGUCUUCUUUCAAAUUUAGAAGUCAUAGGAUUAGCAGCAAACAAAUUGACAGGUAUUAUCCCACCUUUCUUCGGAAACAUGUCCCUUCUAAUUGGCAUUGACUUCGCCGAAAAUAAACUCCAAGGUGGUAUUCCUGCUGAGUUGGGAAUGCUUAAUCAGCUAAAAUGGCUUAAUCUUUUCAGCAACAACUUAAUAGGGACAAUCCCCGUUGCCCUUUCAAAUUGCACUCGUCUCUAUAUGUUGCAGCUAUGUCAGAACCACUUAAACGGCCCAAUUCCAUGGGAGUUUGGAAGGUUGUCAGAGUUGCAAUAUGUGUAUUUGUGGGGAAACCAACUCACUGGAGAAAUUCCCAGCUCAGUGGGUAAUUGGACUCACCUCCGAAAACUGGAUUUGAGUGCGAACCAACUGAGCGGCACAGUGCCCCUGGAAUUCGGGAAGAUGCAGCAGCUGAGACGGUUCAUUUUGAAGCAAAAUCAUUUGGUGAGUGGAAGUAGUGGUUUGUCUAUACUAACAGUGUUAACUAAUUGUUCCAGCUUGGAAGUACUUGAUUUCGGAUCAAAUUAUCUCACUGGCGUCUUGCCCACUUCAAUUGGUCGCCUUUCAAAUUCACUCUAUGUUUUAGAAUUGUACUCAAAUGAAAUUGGGGGGAACAUUGCAGAUGAGAUUAGUAACCUCACCAGCUUGGCGACAGCAAACUUAGCAGCAAACCGAUUCAAUGGGACCAUUCCCUAUGCACUCAGUAAACUUCCAAACCUUGAAACAUUAGUUUUGGGCGCAAACAAUUUACAGGGAAGAAUUCCAGAAAGUUUUGGCCACUUAAAAAGGCUUGGAUUCUUGGCACUCAACGAGAACAUGCUUUCAGGGAAAAUUCCAGAUAGUCUUGGCGACCUUCCACAAUUAAGAGACCUUUUUCUUCAGCACAAUCUACUAUCAGGGAAAAUACCUGGCAGUUUAGGAAGGUGCAAGACUUUGCAAACGGUGGACUUGGCCCACAACAAACUAACAGGAAACAUUCCCCCUGAAUUUGUAGGUCUUCAAAAUCUCCAGUUCUACUUCAACGUUUCCGGAAAUUUGUUGCAAGGUUCUAUUUUGGAAGUGAGCAAAAUGGUUAUGGUUUUGGCUAUAGAUGUUUCUCAAAACAAUUUCUCAGGUCGCAUUCCGAGUGCACUGGCAAGCUGUGAGGGCUUGGAAUAUCUAAAUCUUUCUUGGAAUGCAUUUGAGGGGCCAAUCCCAGCAUCCCUAGCAGAUCUGCAAAAUCUACAGUACAUGGAUCUGUCUUGCAAUAAUUUGUCAGGUACAAUACCGGUGGCUUUCAAAAAUAUGAAAAUGCUCCAACAUCUCAACCUCUCUUCAAACAGGUUGACUGGCGAGGUCCCAAAGGGAGGGGCUUUUGCAACACUUGAUGCCUCGGAAAUUAUGGGAAAUCUUGGCCUCUGUGGUGGAUGGCUAAACUUGCCACUAUGCUCUCAUUCCAAUCACAAACAACCAUUAGUCUCCAAAAAGGUGAUUAUUUCCGUUGUAAUAGGCAUUGCAAUUUUGAUCAUGUCUCUUCUAUUGGUAGCCUUUUCCUAUAGAUACAAACAUUUCCGUACCCCUGCUCUCAAGGUAUGGCCUCCAAAAAUUUCAUAUAAAGAACUGGUAGAUGCAACUAAUGGGUUCGGUGAUGAAAACCUUUUAGGAACUGGUAGUUAA